AUGGAUCGUCAUGAUGGCACCAGCAAUGGGACAGCCAGGCUACCUCAGCUGGGCGGCGUGGGCCAGAGCCCCUACACGAGCGCGCCUCCGCUUUCCCACACUCCUAACUCGGACUUCCAGCCUCCGUACUUCCCUCCACCAUACCAGCCUAUCUACCCGCAGUCUCAGGACCCGUACUCUCACGUCAACGACCCCUACUCACUCAACUCUCUGCACGCCCAGCAGCAGCAGCACCCGGGCUGGCCCCAGAGGCAGAGCCAGGACAGUGGCCUGCUGCACCAGCACCGCAGCUUACCCCAUCAGCUGUGUCGGGAGUACCGCCGGGAGGUGCUGCUGCCCGGACAUGGCCUGGACUCGGGGCUGUCGGACUCUAUCCCUAUCCAUGGAAUACCUCACUCAUUAGAAGACGUUCAGUCUGUUGAGGAUCAAGGAAUCCACAUUCCCGACCAGACUGUAAUUAAAAAAGGUCCAGUGUCCUUAUCCAAGAACAACAACGUGUCCAUCCCCGUCAAUAAGGAUGGUCUUUUCGGCGGGGUAGUAAACCCAAAUGAGGUCUUCUGCUCGGUUCCGGGUCGCCUGUCUCUGCUCAGCUCCACAUCAAAGUACAAGGUCACGGUGGCCGAAGUGCAGAGACGCCUCUCGCCGCCUGAGUGCCUGAACGCCUCACUGCUGGGCGGGGUGCUGAGGAGGGCCAAGUCUAAAAAUGGAGGCAGGUCCUUGAGGGAAAAGCUGGACAAAAUCGGCUUGAAUCUACCUGCGGGCAGACGCAAGGCGGCCAACGUCACUCUACUGACGUCACUCGUAGAAGGCGAAGCCGUGCAUCUCGCAAGAGACUUUGGUUAUGUCUGUGAGACCGAGUUUCCAGCCAAGGCAGUAGCUGAAUAUGUAAACCGUCAGCAUUCCGAUCCAAAUGAACAAGUCCAAAGAAAAAACAUGCUAUUGGCUACAAAGCAAGUGUGCAAAGAGUUCACAGACCUGUUGUCCCAGGACCGCUCGCCUCUGGGAAACUCACGGCCGCAGCCGAUCCUCGAGCCCGGAAUCCAGAGCUGUUUGACCCACUUCAGCCUCAUCUCUCACGGUUUUGGCACGCCAGCCUUGUGUGCGGCAGUCACAGCGCUGCAGAACUAUCUUACCGAGGCAAUCAAAGCCAUGGACAAAAUGUACCUCAACAACAAUCCCAACAGUCACUCAGAUAACGGCACUAAAGGCGGAGACAAAGACGAGAAGCACAGAAAGUGA